AUGAGACUUCGCAGCUCAGGCUGCCUCGGGUGGUCGUAUCUGCCACAAGAGAUUCGCCUCAAUAUUCUAAACACGAUUGUCGAUCAGAGAAAUCCUCGCUGGUCUGCUUUGGCCUCGGUGUCUAAAGAGUGGCAAAUCGUUAUCGGAACGAGAAACAUGGCCAAACUGAGCCUCCGACCCUCGUGUCUGGAAGAUUUUGAGCAAGCAGUGGUUCGACAGAGAGAUCUCGUGAGGCACAUCUAUCUCAAUGUAGAUCUGGCCGAAUACGAAUGUUCUUCUUGUGAGGAUGAGUAUGAUAUCAACAUCCCCUGGGAAAAUAACCGUCUUAUGAAUAAUGCGGUCUCUAAGCUUUUGAUGAUUCUCAGCACUUGGAACACGGCACUCCCUUUGACCUUGGAACUCAACGCGUCGUCUGCUAGUGACUCGAAGCACUGGUUCAAGAACUUUCGUUUCAAUGACGAGCACGAUGCUCCUUAUGCCCGAGACCCAGUCAUCCCCAUGCAAGCAACGCAGAGUGACUGGCACGACCCCAAACACGGUUGGGAGAACGGUGUCCAGACAAAACUUCCACCUUCCACCGCAAAUGAGCGGCUGUUCGGGCCUAUCGACACGCGGUAUGCUCCCAACUUGCGACGAAUUCCCGAGGUCAACGCAGUCACCCGUUUCAUGAUCCGUCGGCAAUUCCGUCAUUCCUUUGAGCCUUGGGAACUCGAAUAUAUUCUGUCUAGAUUCAGCCGCCUGACGGAUUUCAUUUACGAACCAUGGCCUUUUGAAUAUACAAGUAUCUAUCUGGAUCCAUGGCAGAGGGCUUUUAUUUCCACAGGCAUGCCAGAGACUCUCAAAAGACUGACUAUAUUUCAGGAUUCCAAACAAUACCUCACAGAGCGCGCCCUUCAAGAUGGAAAUUACGUCAGUAUUUCUCCGGAAGAUAUGUCGGAGUUCGAUUUCGUCGGCAUCACCAAGAGCACCGCUCAGACAAGUCUGACCCUCGAUGAACUCUCUGUCUCAUUCUAUGUCGAUGCUAUGAACUUCUUCAAGGCAUGCGAGGAAGAAUGGACAUGGGAUCACCUGAAAUCUCUCUCCCUGACAUCAAGUCUUCUCUUUCGGAGUAUAAAGGGACAGGACCAGCGCAUUGAUAGCCUUCUUAUCACCGCAGCAAAGUUCUUACUGCGAAUGCCGAACCUGACCACCAUGGUCCUCUGGAAUGGAGGGACAGGGGAGGCUUGUGGAUUCAUCUAUACCAGGACAAAGCACUACGCCCAUAUCACCUGGCGAGGAACCUGGGACCUUGAAGUGAGUCGACAGGUCCUGGAGGCAUGGGAGGAUGUUGCUAAGCUCCAUUCGGUGGAGCUUAGAGUCAGGCACGAGUGUCUUAAAGAGACCAUUAGAUCUCAUGGAGACGCCAUUUUUCAUCUGAACUUGCCUUGCCAGGUUAUUGAGCCUACGUCGCUCUGGCAAAUCCGGAUGGAGGACGCGCAGGGACUUUAA